UACUUUGACAUGUAUUUUAUAAUAACAAAAAUGUAUACAAAUAUCAUGUCCGGAAUUUAAACUAAUGCACUAUACACACGUAUAUCUAAUUAUCAUGAUUAUAGGUUUCUGAAGAGCUUUUGCGCGAUGUUGUACAAUUAGUAAAUAGUGAUCCUGUGAUGAAGACCUACGACUUCUUGAAGAAAAGAAAUAUAGCUUGCUGGGGAAGUGUUUUACUUAUACCAUUGCUUUUAUUAUUGGCCACACUGGUUUCAUUAAUUGUACUAGUAGCCACUUCAACUAGAGACCGGCCAGAUAUCGUUUACUUACCUUUCGUAUUUAUACUGAUGAUAUUAGCGGGGGCUGUUCUUGAUUUCCAUUCAACAAUUGUGGUUAUACUGGUUUUGGCUGUUCCCAGAUAUUACCACCGAGAAAAGAUAGACAUGGACCUCCAGAUGAAAAUAUGCAGCCAGUUUUUAAGAAGAUGCAUCAGUAAUGACGUCAUCAUUGUUUUCUCGGGACGAAAGAAUCGCGAACCGAGCCUUCAAGUGGUCAGAUACAAUUUUAGCAAAUGUCAGGACUAUUUGGAAUACUUUAUCCAAGAACGCCGCCACCUUUUCCCUGCAGAUUUGAACAUCAGCCCAAAGGAAUACGCUUUGAAUUUGAUUGAAAUUCAUACUGCCGAAAUAUCAAAGGUCAUGACCUUGAAUUACGACGAUCUGCCCGAUGCAUCACAGAACCGACAUACCCUUAGGAAAGGAAAAGAAUGUCUCUGUCAAAGAAUAGAAAGAUGUCUCUCACAUGUCGAGAGAACAAACAUCAUUUGACACUGCUCGUAAAAUGUUUGUUUUGUCUAGAGUGUUUUCGAAAAGACAGAACCGGCAAAUUAUGCUUAUAAAGACGUUAUAACACUUGUGAAAUUAAAACAUCGCUUUCAUUCGAAUAUAGUUCAUAGAUAAGAAAUUAAAAAAAAACACAAGGAAACGGUCAUGGUAUAUGUAAAAGUUUUUUUAUUACAAUGAGUGAUAUACAGUAACUAUUAUGGAUCAAAUCACGCCGAUGCAGCCCAGUGUUUUCUUGAUAGAUGUAAGAAUAUGUAUUCACUUCUAAUCAUUCAUUUGUCAGUGUAUCAGAUACCGUUGUAAAGUCAGUUACCAAAAACAGAUGAUUUGGUUUUUAUCACAUAACUGUAGGAUUUUUCAUUUAUUGAGGUGAAGUUCAGACACAAAGUUUUCUUAAAUAUACAUGUACAUUUUUGGCCAUGAGGAAAAAAAACUUGACUGGAAAGGAUGCCAUAUCAAACAACAACGCACGCCAAACUGAUACCUGAUUCCGUUUAGAUGUGCACUUUUACAGAGCAUAUAAAUACAUUUUCAGCUUGCCGUAUUGAAAGACAUCAUGUGCUAUGCAAAUAUAAUUUAUACCAUUAUACAGACCUUUAACAAUAUUGUGUAUGCACGUUUAUUUGUAUGUAAAGCAUUUACAAAAGAAUGUUGAUUCGUUUUAAAGUCCAAUCGGCGCUAUAAAGGCCAUAUGGUAACUUUUUUCCAGCUUUACUAGUGAAGGUAGACAUCAGGUGCCAAUCUGUGUGUUAAUUUGAUUAGAUCGGGCUGACGGUCAAAGAUGACUGGUUCCUUAAAAUCCUUUUCAUCUUCUUUUUAUUAAUACAACGUCACUUCAAUCAUCCCAGUCCUGUCACUUUUCCCGUGGGGAGUUUUUAGGUUUCCAUUUUAUCUUUUUAUUGUGAAGAAAUUUCAUUUAAUUUAUGUGACGUUAUGCUCAGUCUUAUCAUUGUCAAGUUAGGCUGAAUUGAUUAUAUAUUUUUUUAAAAACAUUAACUGUUAAAAUGGUGAUUGACGAACAGUUGAUGUUGGAAAAUGUUUAGAAUAAAAUAUAAAGCUGCCUGAAUUAUAAAAAGACUGACCCAUUCUUUAUAUAAAUUAAUUGAACUAGAAAAUAAUACUUAAGGAAAAACCGAUUUCGGUUCUCU